AAGGUGGUGUCCAAUUGAUUUGGAAGCACAUCUUCUAUGAUCUUCACAAAUUAUUAUCUCUCUAAAGGUCGAUUUCUAGUUGUUCGAUUCUUCACUCUAGGUUCUUCACUCCAGAUCAAUAGGCAUGUUGAAUCCUUGAGGACUACAAGUCUUCCAUAUCCCGACUUGUGUGCACGACUAUUUGAGGGUGGUAUGUCCAUGGGUAUUGGAGUCCAUGGACCGUCAUUAAAAUACCCUUUGCCAACCACCGAGCCUUUUGUGGUCACUGAGGAAGAGACUAAUGUAUCAAGUGAUCAAGUUCCCUGUCUUCAACACCUUGUUCAUCCCGUGCUCCGGUUGAAAAACAAAAGGGUAAAAAAACUUCAAAGCACGUUGGAGCUUGACGAAAAGUUUAUAAAGUUUUUAGAUUCAAUGGCGUCGAAAUAUGGGAACCCCGAGCUAGUUAGUUAUGACACAUGCUUAAAAAUAUUGAACGAUCUUGGGUGGAAAAAAGAUGAUCCCUUGUACCAUAUUUUCUUUUCACUUCUCACGGACAACCGUAAUAAAAAACCUUGGAUGACAAUACCGUCCGAAAUUGCCAAAGAAUGGGUGAGAACAGUUGGGGAGAAAUAAGUAUAUCAAUAAAGAUUGGUGACACGCUUUUAAAAUGUUUUUGGUGUUUAAUGACUUGUGAAGUAGACUUUUGUGUUAGUAACUUGUGAUGUUUUUGGAUAACAAUUUGGUGCCACAUUUUUUUUGAACAUAUGAUGUUUUUGUGACAAUUUAUGAUAUGUAUGUGGCUUUGGAUUUAUGAUAAACAUUGGUUGUGGA